GGCGGGCCCUCGGGGCGGAGGCGGGCAGGCAGGCGCCGGAUCUGGCCGCGCGGUCCCCGGAGCUCGCUGGAGGCGCCGCGAUGACCGCUCUGAGACGGGGUGAGGCCGCCGAGGCGGGCAGGAAUAAACUGAUCUGCAGGCUUCCAGGAAGGAUGGCGUGUGAGAUUGUCCCUUCUAUCAGGGAGCACAGGACUCCUGCCUGAGCUGCUGCCUCUGGACUCUGACAGCUUCAGCCUCACCCUGAACAGCAGGGCUGGUCUUGGGUGGGGGUAGAGGACCUGCCCUGGGGAUGGUGAUGCUGGUCGGGAAAGGUGUCCCCAUAGAGCCACCCUUCCUGAUGCAGGCCUGUUUCUGCUUAGCAACCAGCAGAUGCAUGGAAAGACAGCUUCUCUGAAGAGCCCUGUGUCCUGCACAGAGAAACUAGCCAGGGUUCAGGCACCCCUGAACUCCAGCCUUGGUAGCCUCCAUCAGGUCAGGUGAGUCUGCUGAGCUCCAGGCUGCCGGGAGGAGGCUUCCAGAAGGGCAUUCCUGCUGGGAUCAUGGCCCAUAGCCAGGCCCCGGAGCUGUGAGUCUGACAUCUCCACCUCACCCACUCCCCAAGCUGGUCCCCAUCCUUGUGUCUCCUACUCAUUUAUCCCUGGGUCUUCUCCUCUGCUUAUCCUUUGGCCAGAGAAGUGGGAGAGGGUUUUUGACACUUGGGGGUGGGAGGCUCCUAAGCAUCUCCAGGAGGCGGAGGCUCAGGCUGAGCGAACCUCCUGGGGAGCCACUGCCCACAGCUGUCUGGGAGGAGGGCUGGUAGCCUGCAGGGUCAAGCUACAUACUUGCUGUUGCUUAUCACUUUGCUGUGGCUCCUAGAGAAGGGCCUCAGUCUCCAAUCUCUGCUCUAAGCUUCUGGCUUGAAGCCAGGGCAGACCUGGCCCUGAGGAUGUAUGGGCAGAACUCAAGGGUUCCUUGUCCCUGGAAUGGAAUGUCUCCUUUGCAGUCUGCACUGGCCAGAAGGCUUGAAGAGUGAAGAGAUCAAGAAGUGUGGCCGAGAAGGGACACUACUGAGUAAAUACAACCAGCAAUACCACAAGCUGUUUAAGGACAUCCCUUUGGAGGAGGUUGUUCUCAAAGUGUGUUCCUGUGCCCUCCAGAGGGACCUUCUUCUCCAGGGCCGGCUCUACAUCUCCCCCAACUGGCUCUGUUUCCAUGCUAGCCUCUUUGGCAAGGAUAUCAAGGUGGUCAUUCCUGUGGUGUCUGUGCAAAUGAUCAAAAAACACAAGAUGGCCCGGCUCCUUCCCAAUGGCCUGGCCAUCACCACCAAUACCAGCCAAAAGUAUGUCUUUGUGUCACUGCUUUCCCGGGACAGUGUCUAUGACAUGCUGAGGAGGGUCUGCACACACCUACAGCCUUCCAGCAAGAAGAGCCUGAGUGUAAGAGAAUUUCCAGAGGAACCUGAGUGCGAGUCUCUGGAAGUCCUCAUCCCUGAGAUGAAGUGGAGAAAGGUGUGCCCUGCCUCCAGGUCCCUGUCCCUUCCAGACAACAUCCCUUGUAUCCCUCGGGCAUCCAUGGACUCCACCGACAGCUUCUUUCCCUCCAGGAAGCCUCCAGGCUCUGAGAAUGCUGUCUGUGAGAAGGAGAAACUGGAGGAGUUGCCCAGGAGCGACGGGGAGCUGAGGCUCUGGGAUUGCCAGCUCCUCAAGGUCAUCUUCGUGCUGAUCUGCUUCUUGGUCAUGUCCUCAUCGUAUCUGGCAUUCCGCAUCUCCCGGCUGGAACAGCAAUUAUGCUCCCUGAAUUGGGAUGGCCCAAUCCCUGGGCACAGGUAACAGCCACCUGGCCUUUGUCCCCACUUCUCCAUGAAGAAUGCUGUGUGUGCUAAGGUUCCACCAGUGAUCGCCGUGGUUUAUGCUGCUGCUGCACUGAGACUGAGUAUGAAGGAACACAGUCCAGAUCCUUCCUCCUCCCCCUAACUCUUAUCUCUCCUGUUUACAAAGCUCCUACAAUUUGGGGACUCGGACAAAGAGCCAGAUUCUUGGAACAACUCAGAAAUUCUGUAUACUAAGCUUCAGCAAGCACUUCAGUGAAAAAAAAGAAAAUUAACUUGUUCCUUGGAAACAGCCUGGCACAGGUGCAGAACACUAGGAGCCACCGGAGGGACAAAGGCCAUGCUUUGGUUCCUGGAACGUACCUCUCCAACUGUCACGCGGCUCACUGCCUCAGUGGGACAGAGGCUCUAACCCAAACCACCAGUGGGGCUCUGCUCUCUCCCAACAUACUGUGCUCUCACUUGCGCCCCUGAGAGUCUCUGUUCCGGGAGCCAGGCCCCUGUCAGGCCAAGGGCAGACUGGGGGAGAGGAAGGGGAGGGGGAAGCUAUCAACAAGGAGAGGAGGGCGUGUGGCUAGGAUUCCAGCUAGAGAGGAACGUUCGUGCCCUGUGCUGAGGCUCUAUCCUGGCCACUCACAAAGAGGCUGGCUGAAUCUGGAGUACUUGCAGCAGAGGAUGGUGGCAGGGGCUGUGAAGGAGAGCAGAGGUCCAGCAUUCUGUGUCCUGAGCUGCCACUUCCUGGUGAGACAGGUGGAGCGGGGCCUUUGAUCACUGUGGUCACAGACCUGGUACUGUCUUCCCCUCGUGUGCUCAAACAGUUCUAAGGUCCCCCAGGCGGGAAGUAGGGGCUGGGGCUGGGGUGGGUGGGAAGGUUGGUGGCUUUGAUUUGAGUUUUGCUUUGUAUUCCCUGGCCGACUGCCUGAGAGGCCAUGACCCAUAGCAACCUGUCGGGAGGUGAGGCUGGGCAGCUGGGCAGUUGGGCACAAUGGUAUAGGGCCACUGCAGGGCAAAGCUCACUCAUGUCACCAGAAAUAAGUAUGUUGCGGGCCAUGGGGGGAGGCUUCUCCAUUCUAUGAAUAAGGUAGAGGUGUCCAAGGUGGGCCUGGUACAGUGCAGGGACCAGGCCAAGGGGUUCUGUCUGAUAUCUCUGGGGACAAGAGAAGUAGGGGAUGAGAAGAGUAGACACAGUGGUAGCUUUCUUUCAGAGAUUCCUCCACUUCUGCCAGGGCCACCUGUUUUCUAAACAGCUCGUCUAUGCCUCAGAACUCUGCCUGCUCUUCCUGGGACUCCCAUCUGCUAAGACAGUGCCUUUGGAGGUUCUAGAGGGGCCUCAGUGAAGAGGUCAGAGGUAUCAAGGGAAAGUCACUGGUGAUGGGGUGAGUGGUGUCAGAAAUAGCCUCUGUUUUUCCUCCUUCGGACACCUGAAAGGUUAAUCAGGGAGAAAUCCAAGCAGAAAUUAUUUAUUGCAGAGCCAUGAUUGUCCUAUUAGGACAAACCCAAACAAGAAUUGGAGGGACUGACUGCAGGUGACAAGUCCCAAAGCUCAGACUAGCAGUCUCUUCAUCCUCACCCCAUUGCGGGUUCUAGGAUUAUGCUUAGAGCCUGGGGGCGUUGCUUGCACCUCAUCUGUAUGUAUCAGGUGAAACUCAUUCCAUUCUCCCCACAGCACCACAGUGGGGAAAACCCCAUCCUUUUUUUGGAACCAGCCCCCUUCAUCACUCCUUUCCAUCACGUCUUCAGGGAAAUACUUGCCCCAGUGUCUCCCGGCCCUGGUCCUUGCCGAAGGGCGGGGAGAGUAGGUCCAUUCUCUUGAGCCUUGCCAGGUUGAGCCAGAGGCUCAUGAGGGGCCAGCAGAGGUGCCAAGUCAUGGGUAACGGUGCCAAAGUGCUGGUGAAUCUAGUCUCCACCUGUGCCGCAGGCUCAGAAAGGGCAAGAGGCAUGCUGUAGGGUGGGGUGGCUCUGGAGGCCCUCUUGGGUCCAGGGAUUUCAGUGGUAUGAAUGUGCCUGUCGCUCUGGAGGGCCCUCUGUUUCUCCCUUUGAUUCCCCAGCCUGGUCCUCUGGGGCCAAUGUCCCUUUUGGUUGUGCUCAUUUGUAAACUGUGUAUUUGUACAGACCUGCUUGCACUGGCUGAUACUCCUUUAAUUCCCUGAGAGAUUGGUUCAACUAUCCUUGGGUUGUUCCACCAUAGCAUUAGCCUUUGAAAAUAUUUUAAAAUACAAAAAUUUGAUUUUUCUAGUG